CACCAAGGAAAAAUUGGAGUUAAAUUUAAUGUUGGAACAGAUGAUAUCGCAAUUGAAGAGGUCAACGCAAUCAUUAAUGAUGGGAAAUAUCACGUAGUACGUUUCACAAGAAGUGGUGGUAAUGCCACAUUACAGGUGGACAACUGGCCAGUUAUAGAACGCUACCCAGCAG